AUGCCGCAGCGAGCGCCGACCACGUCAACUUUGAUGCGCCCUUUUGUGGUGUUAGCCCUGCCCGGGAUGUAUCUACUGUACAAGUACAACCAGUAUCGACAACAGCAAAUGGAGACUGCCAGGCGCCGCGUUACUGAACGGGAGCUUUUGCAUCUCAAUACCAAAAUUGUAAGUAACAGUAGUUUCAAGAAUAAUAUUAGCCCCGCAGCGGAACUUAGCUGCUCACCUCCACGUAUCGGCCAGCGCUAG